AUGUGCAAAGAGAUCUCCAGGCUGAAAGAGUCCCUGCAGGAGAAGGAGAGGGAGGCACAGGAGCUGACGGAGGCCGAGACAGCCCAGCAGGCGCGGGCCCGGGCCACCAGCCACGUGCUGUGUCGCUCCCUGGCCGAGGAGGCCCACCAGCUUCGGAGGACGCUGGCCGCCACCGCCCGGAUGUGCCAGCAGCUGGCCCGGUGUCUGGAGGAGAGGCAGCGAGUGGCAGGGACCGAGACCCUCGAGGAGGAGCCAGGGCCCCUUGGUGGGGACGCUGUCCUGCAGGCUGAGGUGGAGAAGUUACGGGAAGAGAACCAGCACCUGAAGGCCAAGGUCACUCGAGUGGAGGACCUCAACGCCAGGUGGCAGCGGUACGAUGCCAGCAGGGACAAGUAUGUGCGGGGGCUGCAGGCCCUGGGCCAGCCAGACCCACCUUCUGCCAUGCACCUGCGGAACGAGGUGGCCAGGCUCAGCCAGCAGCUGCAGGAGGCGCUUAGCCAGCAGGCCCAGGCUCAGCGGGAGCUGGUGGCUGCUUGGGGGUCCCGAGAUGCCGCGCUGGAGCGGGGGCAGAUGCUGGAGCAGCAGCUCCUUGUGUACAAGGAUGACUUCUCAUCGGAGCGGGCGGAUCGAGAGCGGGCCCAGGGCAGGAUCCAGGAGCUGCAGGACACAGUGGCCUCCCUGCAGGACCAGAUAUCCAGGAGACAGGACACCUGGGGGCCGGACUUGGCGACUGAGGCCCCAGCACAGGCGGUGCUGCUGCCCUCACGGCCAGAGCCGCCCACAGGCCCCAGGGGCCAGGGAGACCUCCAGUGUCCCCACUGCCUGCGCCACUUCAGCGACGAACAGGGAGAGGAGCUCUUCAAGCACGUGGCCGAGUGCUGCCAGUGAGCAGCCCCGCCCUGUACCCGCAAUGCCCGCCCUCCCAUUGGCCACGCUGUGCUGCCGGCUUCCGACAUCCCUGCCCACGCGCCUGCGCAGGCCCUGGACGGGA